AUGGCUUUGGUUUCCCAUCAGACCGCUGGCGGUAUAGUUGGGGGACCUCCAAUGUUUGGAGCAUCUAGUGCUUCAGCUUCUACACUUGGGAAAGAAGCAAGUCACACUAACGGAGUGAAAAAUAAUUCUAAUAAACUCAUUCAUGGAUCAGUGCAUGCAGUUAAUGGGGUCCAGCAGUCAUCUGGAGGCCAUGUUUCUCAAGCAAUACUUACAGCAGCUCAGCCGCUUUAUAAUACACCAGGUGUGUCGCCACAGGAGUUUCAGCCGGAUCGUCCUAUUGGCUAUGGCGCUUUCGGCGUUGUGUGGUCAGUGACGGAUCCCAGAAGUGGCAAAAGAGUGGCGUUGAAGAAGAUGCCAAAUGUUUUUCAAAACCUUGCGUCUUGUAAACGUGUAUUCAGAGAAAUUAGGAUGUUGUCAAGCUUCAAAAACGAUAAUGUCCUCUGCUUAUUAGACAUAUUACAACCGGCGAACCCUCACUUCUUUCAAGAAUUGUAUGUCCUGACAGAAUUGAUGCAAAGCGACCUUCACAAGAUCAUUGUUUCUCCACAGCCGCUAACUUCCGACCACGUUAAGGUGUUCGUAUAUCAGAUACUAAGAGGGCUCAAAUAUUUGCAUUCUGCGAAUAUCCUUCAUCGUGACAUCAAACCUGGGAACUUGUUAGUCAAUAGCAAUUGUAUAUUAAAGAUAUGCGAUUUUGGUUUAGCCAGAAUGUGGGACCCACAUGACCAGCAGAACAUGACUCAUGAAGUAGUGACGCAGUACUAUCGGGCCCCAGAGUUGCUAAUGGGUGCGCGCAGGUACACAACAGCAGUUGAUGUGUGGUCAGUUGGCUGCAUAUUUGCAGAGUUAUUGGGUCGAAAAAUUCUGUUUCAAGCCCAAGGACCUAUUGAACAGCUAAACAUUAUAAUCGACCUAUUGGGUACUCCUCUACCUGAAGAGAUGAAAGGUGCUUGUGAGGGUGCACGAAAUCACGUUCUGCGGUCAGCUUAUAGGCAGCCUAACAUUACUCGCUUGUACAACUUGUCACAUAACGCUAGUCAUGAAGCAAUACAUCUUUUGACACAACUUUUAGUGUUUGAUCCGGAUCAAAGAAUAUCGGUGGAAAAUGCUUUGGCUCAUCCCUAUCUUGAGGAGGGGCGUAUGCGUUUUCAUUCUUGUAUGUGUUCAUGUUGUUACACUACUCCCAACAACAAUCGUGUUUUCACUCAGGAUUUUGAUCCUGUGCACGAACAACCAUUUGAUCCGAAAUGGGAAAAAGAGCUUUCACGUCUUUCAAUGUUCGACCUUCGUGAUCGUAUGUAUAAGUAUGUAACUGAGAGAACGCCUUUAUAUGGUGUUCCCCUCUGUAUCAAUCCGAAUUCAGCUGCCUACAAAAGUUUUGCUAGCUCUUCUGUGGCACAGCCGUCGGAACUUCCACCGUCUCCGAAUGCUUGGGAAUAA